UUAUGCCUAAUAGAGCCGCUCAAUUUGCGAAGCGAGCAAGCUGCGAGAUCGAUACCUUGAAUUAUAUAACUGAAAAAUGGAAUGGAAGAACGGUGGAUCGGCAUAAUGACGGAAUAUCCUAAAAGCGGAAUGCCGUUUUGUAUGAAGAAAAAUGUCUCAAAAAAUGGACUCGCAAUAAAAUAAUAAGAAGCAUAAGUAACAUUGUUGGGGCUCAGAGGAUAGGGGAACCAUAAGGCUUUUGAGCGAACCCCAGCAAAACUAUAUUCUUUCGCCAUUAUACAACCUCUAGUUCUUUCCAAUGCUCUAAAAAUUGUUUUAUAUCAGAAGCCAAAUGCAAUCUUUGAAUGUCUAUUUUUAUACAUUGAGUAUAAACGUUCUUAUUGUUACAAAAUACGGAGAGGUAUGUCUCUUCUGCUGUGAAAUUUUUUUUCAUUUAUCUUUUUUUUCAGAUAAACGUGACACUCAGACGAUAGCAGGCGACAAUUGGAACUCACUGUCAUCAGCUGUGCAGACUGGCAACUUUGCCAUCAUCGAGGAUAUGUUGUCACGUGGCCUGGAUAUCAACACAAAAAAUAACGAUGGUAAAACGGCUUUAAUUUUAGCUGCUUGGACUGGCAAAAUAGAUGCCGUAAAUUACCUCUUGGACAAAGGAGCUGAUCCCUUUAUUGAAGGCCACUCUGGCAUUACUCCACUGCACGCCGCUUCACAGGGUGGUAAUGUCACCAUCAUCGAGAGACUAAUGUCACGUGGUCUAGAUGUCGAUUCAAAAGAUAGUGGAGGGAGUACACCGUUGAUGUUGGCUGCAGCUUUUGGCAAGAUUGAAGCUGUGAAUUAUCUUUUAGACAAUGGAGCCGAUCCUUCUAUUAGAAACCAGUUAGGAAUAA